AUGGAUCCUCUACCAGUGUUCUCGCCCAUCACUUGGGCUUUCGGUACUCUCUUGUGGCCUGGCCGAGGUUACACCCUCAGACUACCGCCCGGUCCGAAGCCUCUUCCGAUCAUAGGUAACAUCCAUCAAGUCCCAAAGGAGUACCGGGAGCGUACCUUCGCGCAGUGGGCGAAGAAAUACGGCGAUCUGAUGUAUGCAAGGUUCUUCACUCGCCCAACCCUCAUCAUCAACUCGCAGAAGAUCGCGAGAGACCUGCUGGACAAGCGCGGGAGUAAGUAUUCAAGCCGGUCACGGUUGGUCAUGAUGUGCGAACUCCUUAACUGGACCCCAAGCGUGUCAUUCCUGCCGUACGAGAGUGAGCACUGGCGCAAGCAGCGCCGAUGGAUCCAGCAUGCUUUCGGGGACAAGACAGCCGUGCAGCAGUUCGAGGCGCUACAGCAGCGCGAGGUGUGCAUUCUCGCCGCAGGCCUCAUGCACUCGCCGCACAACUUCGCAAUGCACAUCAGGCGGUACAUCAUAGCGCUGAUCAUGGAGAGCGUGUAUGGUCACCGGGUCGCCUCCCUCGAUGACGAGUACAUCAUGCUCAUAGACCGCGCUAUGGAGGGCACGGUCUCCGCGGGUCCAGCUGGCGGGACGAUCGUAGACUUCUUCCCUUUGUUGAAGUACGUGCCAGCCUGGCUCCCAGGUAUGGGCUGGAAGCGGUAUGCAUUAAGCACGAGAGACUCGUCUGGGACGCCAGAUACAAGCCGUAUGCUAUGGUUCGGAUGCAGUUGUGGUGCAGCUGGUUCUGCGAGGCCGUCCUAUGUCACCGCGCUUAUCGAAGACGCAAUGAAGGAGGGACUGCUCGCAGAAGAGGAAGAAGAUAUACUCAACUCUGCUGGAGCACUCUAUGGCGCCGGGACGGAUACGGCAAAGACAGCCUUGCUCACGUUCAUACUCGUCAUGGUCCUCCAUCCGGAUGUAUACCAGAAGGCACAGGCAGAAGUCGACCGAGUAAUUGGGAGGGAUCGCCUUCCGACCUUAGCGGACAAGGACACACUACCGUACAUUGACUGCGUGGUGAAGGAGGUAUAUCGCUGGAAUCCUCCUGUUCCUCUCGGGAUUCCGCACCACCUCACGGAUGAUGACGAAUACCAAGGGUUCGACCUUCCCCGAGGUACCGGAGUGAUAGCCAAUCUCUGGUCUAUGUCCCACAGUGAAGAAGUCUACGGUGAUCCCGACAUCUUUCGCCCAGAACGAUUCCUCGACCCAGGUCUGCUUCACUCGGAGCUAUCGGACCCGCGCAACAUCGUGUUCGGGCACGGGCGAAGAAUAUGCCCGGGACGCCUAUUCGCAGAAGCAAGCGUGUUCCUGGCGGUAUCGAGCAUCAUAGCCACACUCGACAUCAGGAAAGCGCGGGACGACACGGGAAGGGAGGUCACCCCGGAGGCAUCCUUCCUAUCUGGGUUUGUCAGUCACCCUCGGGACUUCGUAUGCUCGAUAACACCACGUUCUCCGGAGGCUGCUAGUCUCGUUGCGGACAUGGUGGCAUCGUCAUCCUGA